GGAGCUGUAUCGCCUGAACUGCGCAUGCGCGGAGUGAACAGACUGGGGUCUGUUCUCUGGAGUGAAACGUUAGUAAAGUGCUGCGAUGUCAGCGAGGACUGUUUUCCACACCAGGCAGUGGCUGCCUUUCGUCUCCAGUUUCCACCGCCGUGCUGUGAUCGUCCAGAAGCUCUGCAUAUCUACACAUAAUGACGAAGUGCGCUUGGCCGAGGAAGCAAGCAAGAAAUACGGCAGUCCUGCACCAACUAUAUUCUCCAAAAUCAUUGACAAAAGUGUUCCUGCAGGUAUAUUUUUUGAGGAUGACAAGUGCCUAGCUUUCAGGGAUAUCAGUCCCCAGGCCCCUGUGCAUUUUCUGGUUAUUCCAAGGAUUCCCAUUCCAAGGAUCAGUGAAGCACAUGAUGACGAUGCACUGCUCCUUGGUCACCUCUUGGUGGUUGCUAAAAACCUGGCAAUGAAAGAGGGAUUGGAUGAAGGAUACAGAAUUGUGAUCAAUGACGGAAAACAUGGAGCUCAGUCUGUAUAUCACCUACACAUCCAUGUGCUUGGAGGACGACAGAUGCAGUGGCCUCCAGGAUAGAUGGACCAUUUGGCAAAUGUUCUGUAUUAUUUAACAGCGGUGAUUAUAAGUUGAUCAUAAGUAAAUUAAUUCAGAGUUAAAUGAAUCAGGAAUAACAAAAUGGAGAUGAGAAUACAAGGAGGAAUACCAGUUUAGCUGGAAAAACCUAUCUUCUGGCUAAUAUAACUCAAUAGGAAUAAUGAAAAGAACCUCAUGAAAUAGGUAAUAAAGAAAUUUAAGAAUGUAAAUCAUAUAUUUGACAGCAGUAAAAUUGCCAAAUAUCUUCUCCAGGCCAUUUUUGAGCUUCUCAUUCCCACUGCUUUAACUGCUUCAAAUGACUUUAUUGUAUCACAGAAAACACGGGCCAGUUUCCCAGACCCAGAUUAAGGCUAAGCCUAGCCAAAGCAGAAUUUGAUUUUAUGUUAACUCUGCAGUUUAGUCCAAGAAUAGGCCUAAUCAAUAUCUAGGAAACUGUCCCUUAAAGAAUAAAGAAUUAUGCUGAAAUAAAUAGUAUUAAUUAUUUGAUAAUGUUCUUUAUGGAACAAAAAGUUGUUCUUCUCUGAUCCUUCUUUUUAGAGCAAAGAACUAUCUGACACUUUGCCAGUGCAGAGUCUAGUCCACAUUCAAUAACAUCUUAAAUAAUAACUUUUUGUUUUUCCUUUUUUGUUUUCAGUAUUAUUGGCAGCUGUCAUUUGUGUUGUGAACAUUUUGUGAUAAAAUGGUCCCAAAAUACAUGAAAUAAAAUCUUGUUACAUUAGUGUACAGUAAAA